AUGCAGCUCCCCCUCAUCAACGCCGUCAUUGCCUUUGGCCUCAUCAGCACUGGGUUGGGUGCCGGCAUUCCCACCGCUCCGGGCGAAUCCCCUUCAUCGGAAAUCAUCGAUGGAUUGAAGCCCAUAUCCGCCCAGGCUUGCUACUACGAAAAAGCUGUUGGCUGCAGCAAGGGAGGGCACUGCUUCAGGCAGUGUGGCGAGCCCAAGGGUAACGGGAAUUGGUGCUGGACCGUUACUUCUUCUAACGGGUGGAAGAAAUGCAAGAAAGACGCAUCAACGACAGAUGCAGCAGCGGGGAUUGCAAGGAUUGCGGUUGCAGCUGUUAAUACCCAUGAAUGCGGCUGGUAA